AGCUUGGCUGUUGUGCUUGACUCCACCUUGCUUAUUUAUCACCAUGAGCACUGACUGAGCACCCAAUCACCCAUUCUACGCCCCAGCACAACAGGUUCUUAGUACACCCUCACCUUCAGUCGUCAUGCGUGUCCUCCCCGUUGUCUGCAUCUUGUUGUUCUUCUGCUCAACCACCCCUGCAAGUUUUGCUGCCACAGACACCAUCUUGGCCGGCCAAGCACUUGACAUCAACGACAAGCUCGUCUCCAAGAAUGGCAGGUACGCGCUUGGUUUCUUCAAAGGACGCGGGAAAUCCUCUGAAAGCACUACCAACUGGUACCUGGGCAUAUGGUUCAAUACAGUCCGCAAAUUUACUUCAGCCUGGGUUGCAAAUAGGGAUAAGCCAAUCAAGAACACCACUUCAUUGGAGUUCACACUCUCAAUCGAUGGCAACCUUGUCAUCCUAAACCCAUCUACCAAGUCCAUAAUCUGGUCUACAACGGCAAAAAACAGAAGAAAUAGUACCAUUGCUAUGCUCUCCAAUAGUGGAAAUCUCAUCCUGACAGACUAUUCAAACUCAUCGGAAGUUUUGUGGCAAAGCUUUGAUCACCCCACAGAUACAUUUUUCCCUGGGGCAAAGCUUGGAUUGGACAAGGUCACCGGCCUGAAUCGCCGUAUUGUUUCUUGGAAAAACUUGGUCAACCCAGCUAGCGGUGCGUAUCACUUUGAGUUAGACCCCAGUGGUAUUAACCAGUUAUUGCUUCUCUCAUUGAACUUAUCCGUACCAUAUUGGUCCAGCGGUGUAUGGAAUGGUAAAUACUUUGCCUCAAUUCCAGAGAUGACGUCCGACCACCCCAUUUUCAGUUCAACAUUUGUGGACAAUGACCAAGAGAAGUACUUCACGUAUAACUUAGUACAUGAAAAUAUGGUUACUCGUCAUGUAAUUGACGUCUCAGGUCAAACAAAAACAUUCAUCUGGUUAGAGGACUCACAGGAUUGGACAAUGAUUUAUGCCCAACCGAAAGCUCAGUGUGAUGUCUAUGCAAUUUGUGGAGCUUUCACAACUUGCACUGAUAAUGUGGUUCCACAUUGCAAUUGUAUGGAGGGCUUCACCAUAACAUCCCCCGAGGAUUGGGAGCUGGAAGAUCGAUCGGGUGGGUGUUCUAGAAUCACUCAAUUAGACUGUACUAGCAACAAGAGCACAACACAUACCACAGACAAGUUCUACUCUGUGCCAUGUGUUAGAUCGCCCCAAGAUAACCCAAAAGUAGAAGCUGCUAGAAGCGCCGGUGAGUGUGCACAAGUUUGCCUGAAUAAUUGCUCGUGCACUGCUUACUCCUUCGGCUACAGUGGAUGUUCUAUAUGGUAUAAUGAAUUGCUCAACGUUAGACAACUGCAAUGUAGUGACACUGCCAAUUCAAGUGAAGAAACAAUUUUCCUUCGUCUUUCUGCUAAAGAUGUUCAAAGUUUGAAAAACAACAGAAGAGGGACUGUUGUUGGAGCGGUAACUGGUGCAGGCAUUUUUGUUCUAUGCUUACUUGCACUUAUCCUCUCACUAAUGAUUUGGAGAAACAAAAGGAAGAGCUCUGGCCACAUAUCGAAUGUUUUUCAAGGUUGUAGUGGAAUCAUUGCAUUUAGAUACAAUGAUCUACAGGGCGCAACAAAAAAAUUCACAGAUAAGUUGGGGGAAGGCAGUUUUGGUUCUGUAUUCAAGGGGUUUAUAAAUGAUUCAAUUGCCAUAGCAGUGAAGAGGCUUGAUGGUGCUUAUCAAGGUGAGAAGGAAUUCAGAGCUGAAGUGAACUCGAUUGGAGUCAUCCAGCACAUCAAUUUAGUUAACCUUGUUGGUUUCUGUUGUGAUGGUUCCAAGAGGUUGCUUGUUUACGAAUACAUGCCAAAUCACUCUCUUGAUGUCCAUCUAUUUCGGGGCAAUUCUAUGGUGUUGAAUUGGACGGCUAGGUAUCGGAUAGCCCUGGGAGUUGCGAGAGGGUUAGCCUACUUGCAUGAGAGUUGUCGAGACUGCAUCAUACAUUGUGAUAUCAAGCCGGAAAACAUACUUCUUGACGCUUCAUUCCUUCCUAAAAUUGCAGACUUCGGGAUGGCUAAGCUUUUAGGAAGGGAUUUUAGCAGAGUCUUGACGACAAUGAGAGGAACCGCAGGGUACCUUGCGCCUGAAUGGAUUAGUGGCGUUGCUAUUACACCAAAAGUUGAUGUUUAUAGCUACGGGAUGGUGUUACUGGAAAUAAUAUCUGGAAGGAGGAACACAUGCACAACGUGUUCGAGUAAUGACAACCUUGAUGUUUAUUUCCCUGUGCAUGCUGCACAUAAGCUUCUUGAAGGAGACAUGGAGAGUUUGUUAGAUCACAUGUUACAUGGAGAUGUCAAUCUGGAUGAGGCUGAACUUGUUUGCAAGGUUGCAUGUUGGUGCAUCCAAGAUGAUGAGUUUGAUCGGCCAACAAUGGGGGAGGUGGUUCAGAUUCUUGAGAAGCUAGUUGAGAUCAGGAUGCCCCCGAUACCAAGACUGCUCCAAGCCAUGGCUGGAAGCUCAUCUUCAAUAUGCUCCUAGCCUCCUAAUCUUUUCCAUUUCAAGAAAACUAGCAGGAUUGGGCGUCUAGAUGUUACUAUAUGUGAUAUUUCUAUAUUUAAGACCCCAGUAUAAUGCUUAAGUAUGAUAGGAGUCUGGAGAAAUAUUGCAUUUUGUAUAAAUUUGUACUUAACGUUUUAAUGUACCUAGGUGCAUCGUUAUAAUCUAGUAGAGCCGUAUUGAAAUAGGCGCCAUGGA